AUGUCUUUUUCAUUCGAGUUCUCAGGAGACGACAUAGAUGCAAACACGACAAAUGACAGCGCAAGGGAACAUUUUCAGCAUCAGCAUCCGCAGCCUGCAGGAAAAGCCAGCGCAUUCCCCAUUCAAGGUAAACCACAGCUUCCACCAAUAGAACAUGACCUAAAAACGAUGCUAUUCCGUAUGCCAUCCAAGAUUGCGUACAGCAUGCUGGACAUAACGCUUGACAGUGGUGAAACCAUACAGCUUCCUCGAAGAGAGCUAUGGGACGUCAGAGUACAACUCAUGGCUGAAGAGGAAGAUGGCAUAGCACACUUGGGUGAAGGCUUAGGCGACCGAGAUGUCAAGACUGGUGUUUAUGAAGGUGGUUUCAAAAGCUGGGAGAGCAGUGUUGACCUGGUCAAGGCCCUAGCGGCCCAGAGUCAUCUGGCAUCCUAUUUAAAUUCAUCCGUUCGCAUCAUUGAGCUCGGCUGUGGGACUAGUCUCCCUUCCUUAGCCAUGUUCCAAUGGGCCAUGUCCUUACAGUCAUCAUCAUCAAAUCAACAGUGCAGCUUUUUCCUCGCCGACUACAAUCCAUCUGUACUCCAUCUCGUCACGUUGCCAAACUUCAUCCUCACAUGGGCGCUAUACCACCGGCAGAGUCUCACCGAGCUUCAGGACGCCUUCUCGCUAGAGGGUGAGCUUGAAUUAACUCCAUCGAUCCUCGAAGGGUUUGAAACAUAUCUCUGCACGCAUGGUAUGAAUCUUUUGUUUCUAUCGGGCGGGUGGUCAGCCGAGUUUAUCCAGUUACUCUAUUCCACUUCGACUCACUUAGCUGGCGCUUUGCCGGAGCUAUCUCCCGUUUCUAUACUACUGGGCGCUGAAACAAUAUAUUCGCCGUUUGCUCUUCAGGCGUUCACGGAAGCAGUGCUGGCUAUAUUAGAACGGGAAAAAGUUGUUUUUGGAUCGCAAGCGUCAGCAUGGGUGGCCGCUAAAAGAUUGUACUUUGGAGUAGGUGGCUCCCUAGACGAUUUCGUAGACAAGAUUCAAAAAGGUGGCACAAUAGUCACCAGAAUAAGGGAAGAGGCAGAUGGGGUCAGACGCGGGGUUGUUCGCUGUAUGCUGGCACCAGUGGAAUAA